UCCUGGAAGGAUGAACAAUAAAGGUCAUUUCAAGAAGACUGACUGGAUCGAAAUUCAAACACGAAUUUCUCCCAUUGUUAAACAAACCCCUGUGAUUUCUAAUGAAAACAUCAAUGACCUUUACGGCUUGGAAGUCUUCUUUAAAUGUGAAAAUCUUCAAAAUACCGGAGCUUUUAAAAUUCGAGGAGCAGCCAAUGUGGUUCUGAAAGCUCAACGAGAGCAGAAACUGAAAAAUGGCAUCAUCGGCUCAAGCAGCGGCAAUCAUGGAAUAGCCUUGGCAACUCUUGGGAAAGCCUUGGACAUCCCAUGCGUGGUAGUGGUUCCUCCUAUUUGCCCGAAAAUGAAAGUGAAAAAAAUCAAGGAUCUUGGCGCUGAGAUCAUUUUCACCCCUGGAAUGAACUACGCAGAUAGGGAAAGAAUAGUCAAUGAAAUUGCCUCGGUCAGAGGUUUAAUGAUCGUUUCAAAUGGGAACAGUUUGGAUUGUAUUCAAGGACAUGGUACUAUGGCAUUAGAGCUGAGUUCGCAAGUGGUGGGAGACCCUUUGGAUGCGAUUUUAGUACCUGCAAGCACAGGUGGCAUGUUGGCGGGUUGUGCUCUAGCUACCAAAGACGUGAAUCCUACAUGCAAGAUCAUAGCUGUAGAACCCAAAGGAAAGUGCCUGGCAGAUAGUUUGAGAGCCAAAACAAUGCUUUGGCCAGGACCAAGAAAAUACCUGGAAACACGUGCAGAGGGACUCAAGACACAGGCCGUUUUUCCUAUCCCGUUUGACAUUUGCUGUGACCAUGUGGAACCUGAAGUGCUCACAGUAAGCGAUGAAGAGAUGAUUCGAGGAAUUCAAUUAGCUGCGGCUGAGUUGAAGCUAGUCUUGGAAAUGCCAGCUGGUGCUGCCUUGGCAGCCGCCUUCCAAGUCAAGAAGCGGUUUCCCAAUGUGAAAAGGCUUGGGAUAAUCCUUUGUGGCGGCAACAUUGACAUGGAAGUUCUGAUGGAUUCUUUGGUUGCUUUUGACCCAAACCCAUAGCGGCAAUUUCAUGAUGAAGCCGGACCAAUCACAUAUCUCUGUCUUUUAGCCUUCUUGUGUAUCAAGGGGUCUAGGAAAUCCUGAAAAAGACAUAUCAGUUACAGAACAACAACUAUUCAACUUUUUUAAACUUGUUUCCACAUUUUGGAACAAUGUUAGCCGUCUCGUCAUUUGUUCCAUAGCCGUCUCCUUCCUCACUUAUUUUUCCUUUUAGAGGACUUUUCUUCACGUGCGGGCAUUAUGGUCUGAUGAAGAAUUCAACCCCAAGCAAGAUGGUUUUAGCAAUUGUACCAACUUAAACAACUCUUUUCUUUUUUGUGAAGGAAUGGAGCUGGAUUUUAGCUUAUUCACCUGUGAUCAUGGGUUUGAUUCAACCUAAAACCCAAAUCAUUUAAUGAAAAAGCGCCCUAAGCAGUUGUACAUAUGACAUCUAUAUUAUUUAAAAAAGUGUUCCAAUAUAUCAAACAUUGAAAGAAAAAAAAAUGUUAUCUAUAAUAAAUAAAAUGAAGAAACCCAACGGAUAGCCUAAUAAAUGCUAACAAUAAUGAUACUAUAUUAUUAUUAUUAUUAAAGGCCUGCAGAUCGGUCAUGGACCAGCCGUCCUAGUUAUU